AGUAGGCGGUGAUUAACAUGCAAUUAUAAGAGAAUGUUUACUUCCGUCAAUAAUUCUGGGAGAAGGACUCUUUUUUAGAAAUAUUGGAUGCGUACUGGUAAGAAGAAAAAGACAAAAAGGAUACUGUGUUAUUUCAUGCAAAUUCCUGCAAACGUACGCCGCUGCACACGAUGCCCUUCUUGGGUCAGGACUGGCGGUCACCUGGAUGGAGCUGGAUAAAAACCGAAGACGGAUGGAAGCGCUUCGAGUUCUUCAGUCACGAUAUACAAGACAAUAGUGACAUAGACCUGGAAGAGCUGCAAGUUGAAAAUAAAGAAAAUUUGUUUUCUGCUGAAGAUUGCAAAAUUGAAGCCAAAAAACGAAAAAAGGACCACUUCAACAAUAAUACAAAAUCACAGUUUUUCUUUCAAGAAAAAUGGAUUUAUGUUCAGAAGGAAAGUACCAGAGAAAGACAUGGUUAUUGCACAUUAGGGGAAGCGUUCAAUCGUUUGGAUUUCUCCAGCGCCAUACAAGAUGUGCGAAGGUUCAACUAUGUUGUUAAACUUUUACAGCUCAUAGCAAAAUCCCAGUUGACAUCCCUGAGCGGAGCUGCCCAAAAAAACUAUUUUAAUAUUUUGGAAAAAAUAGUUCGGAAAGUUCUAGAUGAUCAGCAAAACCCAAGACUAAUUAAAGACCUCUUACAAGACCUGGGUUCUACUCUUUGUAUUCUCAUCAGAGAAGUGGGCAAAUCUGUGUUAGUGGGCAACAUCAAUAUUUGGAUUUGUCGUUUGGAAACAAUACUGAAUUGGCAACAACAGCUAAAUAACCUACAGAUACCUAAGCAGGUGAACAAUGGAGUAACACUCAGUGAUCUUCCACUCCACAUGCAAAACAAUAUUUUGUACAAAUUUUCUGACGGUUGGGAUAUUGUUAACCUGGGUCAGGUGACAUCAACUUUGCACAUGCUCAGUGAAGACAGACAACUAUGGAAAAAGCUUUGCCAUUAUCAUUUUGCUGAAAAGCAGCUCUGUAGGCAUCUGGUUUUAUCAGAAAAGGGCCUUGUGGACUGGAAAUUAAUGUACUUCACACUUCAGAAAUACUUUCCAAAGAAGGAGCAGUAUGGUGAUACAUUGCAGUUCUGCAGACAUUGUAGCAUUUUGUUCUGGAAGGACCACCAGCUUGCUUUAUUCUUCAAGGAUUCGGGACACCCUUGCACUGCAAAUGAUCCAGGCAACUGUUUUAUGUCCGUUUCUCCUCAGCAGUUCAUUGACCUUUUUAAAUUUUAGGCCGAGCUGGCGUUCCUUUCUGUGCCUAUACAUGGGUUUGGCUGAUGAUUUUGAGUCCGACUUUUUUUUAUUUUUUAUUUUUUUUUUUAUUUUGGUUGCUUGUUUUGUAACCUGUGCAAUAAGUCUGACUUUUCCAAAAAACUGUAGAUGAAAAUCAUGCAGUGUGAUGGUAAGAGUAAGUCGUAGAACAGGCAGAGGAAGAUUAGUCCAGAACUUCUUGUACAGAACUGAAGGGGGCAUCAGUGGUUACUGUGUGGAAAUGGAUGACUUGACCAUUGUAAAGUUCUAGCAAAGCUUGGGCCGAGCAAAAUCUUGUAUAUGAGUGCACUUAGACUGAAGUAUAGUCAUAUUUAAAAGGUUUAAUUUUCAUUCUUUUUUUUUCCCCCAACUGUGUAUUUUGUUGUGAUAAUGUAAAUCAUUCAGAUGCUAAACUUGUACAUUUACCAGAUGUGUUCAGAUGAAAUUGUAAUAUUAUUAUUUUAUUAUCUUACGGUUGAGCAGAAAAACCCUUAAACAAAGCAUUGUUCAUUUUCCUUUGUGUAAUAUGUUUAUUGUGUAAUUUAUUUUAAGCAGCAUUCCAACCACUUAAAAUGCAACGAUAGCAAGCAAACCUUAAAGCAUUAAAACCAUUCCUGGUAUGCUUCGAAAUAACAAGGACGUUGAAACACUGCAGUGGGAUUUGCAGGAGACCACGUUACCCCUACCCCAGACGUGGCCUCGUUCUGCUCUGAUGACCAAAGUAAAACAUUAUUUAAACUGGGAAAGUGGGGACGUUUGGCAUGGGUUUGAAAACUGCAAAAGUCUACAGAUGUGUUCAGAUCUUUUGUAAGACAAAGACAUUUAUUUUGAAAUAUGAUCUAUUGAGAUAUUACAUUGUUAUACAUAAGUGUGCACAUAGUGGUCAUGAUGGCUGUACUGUAUGUUGUCAUUAUUAGUCAAAUGUUGAUGCUGCCUCCACAGUUUUGCCUAACCGUGUGUAACUGACCCCAAAUGGUGGUCACAAUAUUGUACUGUGGUGUGUAUGCCUCUGUGAAAGGUGAUUUUUAUUUUUCCCCUUUUUGUUUGUAUAUCCAGUCAUUAUUUACUUUGGUUCUUAUGUUUUUGUCCAUUCCUUUUUUCUUAAUAUUAUUACAUAUUGUGUAUGUGAGGAGAGCUUGAGACUUGUAGCACCUUGGAAAUUUAACUCUAUUCUUUAUAAACAAUAUUAAAGGUACCUCUUUGCAAA